AUGGGAAGGGAAAAAAAAGCCCUGAACCUUGAACAUAUCGAUCUCGAGGGAUGUACUAGUUUGGUUGAUGUUAGCACAUCUAUUCCUCGUUGUGGGAAGCUUGUGUCCUUGAACAUGAAUGACUGUUCUCAUUUGCGAAGUUUGCCUGCCAUGGUUGAUUUGACAUCUCUCAAGCUUCUUAAUCUGUCUGGCUGCUCAGAGCUCCAGGAGAUUCAGGAUUUUGCACCAAACUUGAAAGAGUUAUAUCUAGCUGGAACUGCCAUAAAAGAACUUCCAUUGUCAAUCGAGAAUCUCACGAAACUUAGUACGCUAGAUUCGGAAAACUGUACAAGGCUUCAGAAACUGCCAUUGGGAAUAAAGAACUCACGAUCUAUUCUCAAGCUUAAGCUGUCUGGCUGCACAAGUCUUGAGCGUCGAGAGCAGACAAGUUGA